AUGUCCUUGCACAGCCUGCAGGCGAGUCGGCCGAGGGAUGACGAGCUGCUGCGGGACAAGGAACAGGCGAUCUUGAAGCUGGGAGAGCUGUACCGGGACGCGAAGAAUGCGGAUGCUCUGGCAGAAGUGCUGAAGUCAUCGCGACCACUGGUGGAGCACAUGGCGAAGGCGAAGACGGCCAAACUCAUUCGAAACCUGCUCGACUUCUUUGGUGACAUCCCCGGCAGCACGCAAGUGCAGAUCGACGCGGUGAAGGAGAGUGCGGAGUGGGCGAAGGGCGAGAAGCGCAUCUUCCUCAAGCAGAACCUCGAGACUCGGCUUGUUGCUCUCUACAUCGACAACCAGAACUACAAAGAUGCCCUCUCGCUCAUCAACUCCCUCCUUCGCGAACUCAAGAAGCUCGACGACAAGAUGAUCCUGACCGAAGUGCACCUCCUCGAGUCGCGCGUCAACCACGCACUCGCCAACAUGCCCAAGGCCAAGGCCGCCCUGACUUCGGCACGGACAGCCGCGAAUGCGAUCUACUGCCCGCCGCUGUUGCAGGCUAGCCUCGACAUGCAGUCCGGCGUAUUGCAUGCGGAGGACAAGGACUACAAGACUGCGUACUCCUACUUCUUCGAGGCGUUUGAGGGCUACUCGGGCCAGGACGACCCCAAAGCCGUCCCUGCGCUCAAGUACAUGCUCCUCUGCAAGAUCAUGCUCAACCUGGCGGAAGACGUCAAGUCGAUCGUGGCGGGCAAGUCGGCGCAGCGGUAUGCGGGUCCGGAUGUCGAGGCGAUGAAGGCGGUUGCGAAGGCGCACGAGGAGCGGAGCUUGCAGGACUUUGAGCGCGAGUUGAAGGACCGGAAGAAGGAACUCUCCGACGAUCCGAUCAUUCGCAACCACCUCGCAGCGCUGUACGACACGCUCCUUGAGCAGAACCUCGUCCGCAUCAUCGAGCCUUACUCGCGCGUCGAGAUCAAGCAUGUCGCGGAGAUGGUCAAGCAGCCGGUGCGGGAUGUCGAGAUCAAGCUGAGUCAGAUGAUCCUCGACAAGGUCUUCCACGGCAUCCUCGACCAGGGUGCCGGCUGUCUGAUCGUCUUUGACGAGCCCGAAGUCGACGCCACCUACGAAGCGACCCUCGAGACGAUCGGACACGUGCGGGACGUGGUCGACCAGCUUUUCCAGCGAACGAGGACGGCCGUCAUUUGA